GAAGAGCGGAUGUUUUGAGCGAACACGGAACACGUGAGCAGAGAUUCAUUUGAGGACGGUUCUGUUGUUUACUUUCUUUUUUCUCUUCAACAAUGUCUAAAGUUAAUCAUCUGAGAGAGUUUAUCGGUCAGCGACUAACAGCAGCUGCUGUAGAAAUAUUCUCAGUGUUUGAAAAAAACAUCUUGGAGUAUGAAGAAGAGCUGGACCGUCAGCGCAGACUGGUGGACCUCGCCUGGAAACCUGAAAUCAGACUAAACAGAAUCGACCUCCCAGGAGAAAAUGUUUGUAAGGUGGAGGAGGACGGGGUUUUCAGUGACCAGCACCUCGAUAACCUGGAGAGGAGCUGCAGCCCGGACCAGGAGGAACCAGGGAAUCCACAGACUACAGAACUGGAGAAAGACGCCAGCGUUCAGGAGAUGAAGCAGGAGGACGUAGAGGUGGAUGUCUCAUUGGUCAAUCUCGCUGAUGUGAAAGUUGAAAAUGGUGUACCAGGACCAAACUGUGACCAGCUGCUGUUUCACACUUCUCCUGAAGCUCAAAACGAAGAUGAGGAAGGAACUGAAAGUUUACGCUCAGACUCCAGUAAAACUGCAGAUCUGGAGCCAAUGAGACGACACGGUGACCACGAAGACACUGCUGUCCCGUCAGACAGCAACUGUAAAUCAAAGCUGACUUGGACCCUCACAGGGAAGAAGGCAUUUUCUUGCAGAACUUGCAGGCAAGAGUUCAGUAAAAGUAGUAUUUUAGUGGAACACAUGAGGAUCCACACUGACGAAAGGCCGUACCUGUGCAACACCUGCGGAAAAUCAUUUAAAAAACCAUCAACGCUCAAGAAGCAUAAAAUGAUCCACAUGGGCGAGAAGCCCUACGUCUGCACUACAUGUGGAAAAAGUUACAUGCACCAUUCCAGCCUGCUGAUUCACUCAAGGACCCACACGGGUGAAAGGCCGUACCAGUGCAACACCUGCGGCAAAACCUUUACUGACAUUUCGUCUCUUAAACGACACGUAACCAUGCACACGGGUGAGAAGCCCUACGUCUGCAGCACAUGUGGAAAAAGUUACAGGCAACGUUUCACCCUGCUGGUUCACUCGAGGACCCACACCGGCGAAAAGCCGUACCUGUGCAACACCUGCGGCAAAACCUUUAAUAAUUCAUCAAAUCUGAAACGCCACAUAACCACGCACACGGGCGAGAAGCUGUAUUUGUGCCAGACGUGCAACAAAGGUUUUACCCAGGCAAUUGAUUUGCUGAGUCACAUGAAAAAUCACCCCCAGGACAAGUCUGGUGAUUCGUGACAAAUAAAGCUCAUGUUGUCCUCCGGGGGCAGCUGUCCACUCCUGUCUGACCCACAGAAGAAGAGACGAAGAAAUCCAACCACCACUUGCUGUGGCUGAUGAGCCUAAUCCCCUCCCCACAAGGGUUGCAGGUUCAACCCGGAUUUAUGCUUCUCCAUCAACUUGACGCAGAGGGAACGAUGUGGUUGUGUACUUUUUUUAAAGUUCUGCAUUGAGGUUGUUUGAAUCCCUGCUCCUUUUUAUAAUCGUAUUAUUUGUUGCUGUUGGUAUCUUGCCUCCACGGUGCAAAUAAAGAGCUGUUAG